AUGCCGUCCGGAUAUAAGCACGGCGACACGCCUAAGAAGGCCAUGGUUCGAGGCACCAUCUCGUACCUCGAGUCCCAGGGCCUGCCUGUCAACAAGUCAGCCAUCUUUCGGCACUUUGACCUGUCGCGUUCGCAAGGUUAUGCCGCGCUCAGCGUCCCCGCGUCUAAGCGCAAUGAUCCCGAGUGGGAGGAGACGCGCGGGAGACCACUUAAAAUAUCCGAGGACGACCAGCAGAAGAUGGAAAAGAUUCUGUGGGACGAUCGAUAUGUCAAUGUUAAUCUGAACUGGCAUGGAUUGGCUAAGGAGGCUGGCGUUGAGGUUGAUGUUAAUCCCAGGACGCUACACCGAACCAUGGGUACCUUGGGAUAUCGAAGAUGCCUGGCGUGUCCGAGAACCUGGGUGCACAAGAAGGCCAGAGAGAAGAGGGUUGAGUAUGCCAGGCGCAUGCUCGAGGCGUACCCCCAGGCACAAGAUUGGAGAGCUGUUCGCUUCAGCAUUGAGCUUCACUUUGGAUUUGGUCUUGAUGGAAAGAUGCGUCUGAUUCCCCGUCCUGGAGAGAAGUUCUGCGAAGAGUGCGGGAAGACUCCUGAGGCUGACUGGCCACGCGACUUGAGGAAAGCUCAUGCUUGGGUGGCAGUUGGAUAUGGUUUCAAGAGCGAUGCAAUCUUCUACGAAGACUCGACAAGUCCAAACACGACAGGUGUAAUGAACAUGCAAGAGUACAAGGACCAUAUCCUCGAAAAGACAAUCAAGCCUUGGCUCACCAGCACCGGGCCGCAGAGCUUCAUUCUCGAAGAGGACUGCGAAGCGUUUGCCCACGGCGCUGCGAGCAAGGUGAAUGAGGUCCAGCAGUGGAAAGAUGAGCACGGCCUUCGCUACUACUUCAAUUGCGGCGACAGCCCGGAUCUGAGUCCUCUCGACAGCCUCUGGCCACACCGCAAGCAAUGGGCCAUGGAGGCGCCCAAGGACUGGGAGGACGAGACGCUUCAAAAGAUGGUCAAGGAUUCGUGGGCAACCUUCGACCUCGAAAGGAUCAACGUGUGGGUCGACUUCAUGCCCCAGCGGCUCAGGCAGGUGAUCGAGUCCGACGGCGCGCUGGUGCCUUGGUGA